GAGAGAGGCUGGGCAGCGCGUUCCUGGCGGCAGUCAGCGGCGUCCAGAGUCUGAGGAGGCUCCUUCACAGCCAUGGCCGAGGGCGGAGAGGGAGAAGAUGAGAUCCAGUUCUUGAGAACUGACGAUGAGGUGGUGCUCCAGAGCGUGGCCACCAUCCAGAAGGAGCAUCGCAAGUUCUGUCUGGCAGCAGAGGGACUCGGAAACCGUCUGUGUUACCUGGAACCCACUUCUGAAGCUAAGUAUGUUCCUCCAGACCUGUGUAUUUGUAACUUUGUGCUGGAGCAGUCCCUGUCAGUCCGGGCCCUGCAGGAGAUGCUGGCUAACACCGGGCAGAGCGGCGAAGGGAGUGCUGACCAUGAAAAAUGGGCGGGUCAGGGGGGUGGCCAUCGGACCCUGCUCUACGGUCAUGCCAUUCUCCUACGCCACUCCUUCAGUGGGAUGUUCUUGACUUGUUUGAAGACGUCAAGAUCUCUCACAGACAAGCUCUCGUUCGAUGUCGGACUGCAAGAAGAUUCAAUAGGAGAAGCCUGCUGGUGGACGAUCCAUCCUGCGUCCAAGCAGAGAUCGGAGGGAGAGAAAGUCCGCAUUGGCGACGAUCUGAUUCUCGUCAGCGUGUCAACGGAGAGAUACCUGCAUCUCUCCAUCUCCAACGGCAACAUUCAGGUGGAUGCAUCAUUCAUGCAGACCCUGUGGAACGUCCAGCCGACCUGCUCCUCGGGCAACGUGGCUGUCGGGUUUUUGACUGGUGGAAAUGUGUUGCGCCUCUGUCACGGCCACGACGAGAGCUUGACCAUCCCUGGAGCAGACAAGGGUGAAGAGGAGCAAAGAAUAGUGAACUAUGAGGCGGGAAAAGGAGCAUCCAGGGCUCGCUCUCUGUGGAGACUUGAGCCUCUCAGGAUCAGCUGGAGCGGCAGCCAUAUCCGAUGGGGCCAGGCUUUCCGACUACGCCAUCUCUCCACUGGCCAUUACCUGGCCCUGACGGAAGACCGAGGUCUGGUCCUGCAGGACCAAAACAAGUCUGACACCAAGGCCACUGCGUUCUGCUUCAGGGUCUCUAAGGAAAAGGUUGACUCUGGCUUAAAGAGGGACAUCGAGGGCAUGGGAGCGCCGGAGAUCAAGUACGGAGACUCCGUCUGCUUCGUCAUGCAUCUGGCAACAGGACUCUGGCUGUCAUACUUGGCGCCUGAUGCCAAAUCGUCUCGUCUGGGUCCCCUGAAAAGAAGGGCCUGCCUCCACUCUGAGGGCCACAUGGAUGACGGCCUCACCCUCCAGCUGUGCCAGCACGAGGAAGCUCGCGCUGCACGCAUCAUCCGAAACACCACAUUCCUCUUCACCAACUUCAUCAAGGCUCUGGACAGCGCUGCGGCAGGUGAGCCUAUGGCAGUAGCUGGAUACGUUGAAGAGGUGCUGCAGACGUUGAACGAUCUGAUCGAGUACUUCAAGCAGCCUGAUUCCGAACUGGAGCACGAGGAAAAACAAUGUCUGCUCCGUUCACUCAUCAAACGUCAGGACCUCUUCAAGGAGGAGGGUAUGUUGAGUCUGCUGUCCAAAUGCAUUGACCGGAUGAACGUGUACAACAGUGCAGCCCACUUUGGAGAGAUGGCCGGGGAGGAGGCGGGCGCAGCUUGGAAAGAUAUCCUCAACCUCCUCUAUGAACUCUUGGCUGCACUGAUUCGCGGAAACAGGACCAACUGUACCCAGUUUUCCCGGAACUUGGACUGGUUGGUCAGCAAACUGGAGAGGAUGGAGUCUUCAUCAGGAAUCCUGGAAGUCCUUCACUGUAUCUUGAUUGAGAGCCCAGAGGCGCUGCACAUCAUCCAGAGAGGGCACAUUAAAUCCAUCAUCUCUCUGCUCUACAAGCACGGACGCAACCACAAGAUCCUGGAUGUCCUGUGCUCUCUUUGUGUUUGCAACGGCAUGGCGGUGAGGGCCAAUCAAAACCUCAUCUGCGACAACCUGCUUCCCAAAAGAGACCUUUUGCUUCAGACACGACUCGUCAAUGACGUUCAGAGCAUGAGGCCCAACAUCUUCCUGGGCGUGGCUGAUGGUUCGGCCCAGUAUAAGAAGUGGUACUACGAGCUGGUUGUGGACCAGGUGGACCACUUUGUCACUGGAGAGUCGACCCACUUGAGGGUGGGCUGGGCCAACACCAAAGGCUACGCCCCGUAUCCCGGUGGAGGAGAAGGGUGGGGAGGCAAUGGCGCUGGGGAUGACCUGUACUCGUACAGCUUUGAUGGACUUCAUCUCUGGUCAGGUCGCAUCCUGCGGGCCGUGGCCUCCAUCAACCAGCACCUGCUGAACUCUGAUGACGUGGUCAGCUGUUGUCUGGACCUGGGUGCUCCCAGCAUGUCCUUCAGGAUCAACGGGCAACCCGUCCAGGGCAUGUUUGAGGACUUCAACACUGAAGGAUUCUUCUUCCCCGUCGUCAGCUUCUCUGCAGGUGUCAAAGUCCGAUUCCUGUUGGGUGGACGUCACGGAGAUUUCAAGUUCUUGCCACCCGCCGGUUACUCUCCGUGCUACGAAGCGCUGCUGCCCAAGGAGAAGAUGCACGUGGAGCCUGUGAAGGAGUACAAGAGGGACCACGACGGCGUCCGUGACCUGCUGGGAACCACCAAGUUCCUCUCUCAGGCCUCCUUCAUUCCCACACCUGUUGACACCUGCCAGAUUGUCCUUCCCCCCCAUCUGGACAACAUCCGUGACAAGCUGGCAGAAAACAUCCAUGAACUUUGGGGGAUGAACAAGAUCGAACUGGGCUGGACUUACGGCAAGGUUCGUGAUGACAACAAGCGGCAGCACCCUUGCCUUGUGGAUUUCACCAAGCUGCCUGAAACCGAAAGGAACUACAACCUGCAGAUGUCCAGCGAAACGCUUAAGACCCUAUUGGCACUGGGAUGCCAUGUUGCCCAGGUUAACGUUCAUGCCGAAGAUGAUCUAAAGAAAAUCAAAUUACCAAAAGACUACAUGAUGUCUAAUGGAUACAAGCCUGCGCCACUAGACCUCUCUGAUGUAAAACUGAAUGCAGGUCAAGAGGUUCUAGUUGAUAAAUUGGCUGAAAAUGCACAUAAUGUGUGGGCCAAAGACAGAAUAAAACAAGGAUGGACCUAUGGCAUCCAGCAGGAUUUGAAGAGCAGACGUAACCCUCGUCUGGUGCCAUAUGCUUUACUGGAUGAACGCACAAAGAAAUCUAACAGAGACAGUCUCCGAGAGGCCAUCAGGACUAUGGUUGGAUAUGGAUAUGACAUUGAUCCCCCAGAUCAAGAAGUCGUGCAUGUGACGGAUGAUCAGAAUAUCGAGACCAUCCGCUUCUUCCGUGUGGAGCAGACGUACGCUGUGAAGACGGGGAAGUGGUACUUUGAGUUUGAGGUCCUGAGCGGAGGCGAUAUGAGGGUUGGCUGGGCCCGACCAGGCUGCAGGCCCGAUGUGGAGCUGGGAACGGAUGACCAAGCCUUUGUCUUUGACGGAUACAGGGGCCGGCGGAUGCACGCAGGCAGCCGCUACUUUGGACAUCCAUGGAAGAAGGGCGACGUUGUUGGUUGCAUGAUCAACAUGGAGGACAAAUCUAUGAUUUUCACCCUGAAUGGAGAGCUCCUGAUUACAAGCAAGGGCUCUGAACUUGGCUUUGCUGACUUUGAGACAGAGGACGGUUUCAUCCCAGUUUGCAGUCUCGGCAUGUCUCAGAUCGGCCAGAUGAAUCUGGGGAAAGACGCCAGCACGUUUAAGUACUACACCAUGUGUGGUCUGCAGGAGGGCUUUGAGCCGUUCGCCGUCAACAUGAACAGAGAUAUCACCAUGUGGUUCAGCAAGCGCCUGCCCACCUUUUUCAAUGUGCCCAAGGACCACAUGUACAUUGAGGUGACAAGAAUUGACGGAACAAUAGACAGCCCUCCGUGUCUGAAAGUCACCCAUAAGACAUUUGGCACCCAGAACAGCAACAGCGACAUGGUGUACUGCAGACUGAGCAUGCCUGUGGAGUUCUACUCUGCAGAUGGACUGCUGGACGAAUCACUGAAACUCAGUUGCCCUCCAAAGGAAGAUGGAAGUGUUGACUAUGAAAGCAUCACAAGCUACUACCACUCUGUGAGGGUGUUCGCAGGACAGGACCCUGCCAGGGUGUGGGUGGGCUGGGUCACACCUGACUAUCAUUACUACAGCAAGAACUUCGGUCUCAGCAAAACCCGAACCGUCACCGUAACCCUGGGAGACGAGCGGGGCCGCGUCCAUGAGAGUGUUCAGAGGGGUAACUGCUACAUGGUGUGUGCAGCAGACGCUCUCGGGCCGUCUUCCUCCAGCCGGUCCAACUCUGACCUGGAGAUCGGCUGUCUGGUCGACCUGGCGACUGGUCUGGUCGCCUUCACUGCCAACGGCAAGGACCUACCCACCGUAUACCAGGUGGAGCCAAAUACCAAACUCUUCCCAGCAGUGUUUGCAGCCCCCACCAGCGCAAACCUCUUCCAGUUUGAAUUUGUCAAGAUCAAGGACGCCAUGCCGCUGUCGUCGGCCAUAUUCCAAAGUGAGCAGAGGAACCCAGUGCCGCAGUGCCCGCCGCGGCUGGACGUGCAGACCAUCGUGGCUGUGCUUUGGAGCCGGAUGCCCAACACCUUCCUCAGCGUGGAGGUGGCUCGCGUCAGUGAAAGGCACGGCUGGGUGGUCCAGUGUCUAGAGCCGCUGCAGAUUAUGGCUGUGCACAUACCAGAGGAGAACAGAUGUCUGGACAUCCUGGAGCUAUCGGAGCACGAGGACCUGAGGAAGUUCCACCACCACACUCUAAAGCUGUACUGCGCCCUCUGUGCUCUCGGAAACACCCGUGUCAGUCAUGCGCUCUGCAGCCACUUGGACCAGUCGCAGCUUCUCUACACCAUCGAUAACCAGUACCUGUCUGGUAUGCUGAGAGAAGGCUUCUAUGACGUCCUCAUCAGCAUCCACCUUGAGACGGCGAAAGAGGGCCGCUUAAUGAUGAACAACGAGUUCAUUAUCCCCGUAACAGAGGAGACGCGCACCAUCAAGCUGUUCCCGGAUGAGUCCAAGCAGCAUUCGUUGCCUGGCGUGGGCUUGAGCACCUCCCUGAAAACUCGAGUCAACUUCUCACCCGUCAGCAUCAUCAACACCAAACGUCACCAGUACCUCCACAGCCCCCAGAUCCCGCUAGGCAUCCUGAAAGAGAAGGCCAUCAGCAUGCUCACCGAGGCUGUGCAGGGCGGAGGCUCCCACAUCCGAGACCCAGUCGGGGGGAGUUUGGAGUAUCAGUUCGUUCCCAUCCUCAAGCUUAUUGCAACACUGCUGAUAAUGGGAGUCCUGACGAGCGAAGAGGUGAGGCUGAUCCUCCUCCUGAUUGAUCCCAACGUGUUUGGGGAGUCCCAGGAGGGUGAGGAAGCGAAGGGCGAUGAGGUUGCCGUGGCAGCAGAGAAAGAGGAGGUGAGCAGAAAUGAAGAGAAGGCCGUGGAGGCGGGAGAAGAGGAAACCAAGGAAAGCAAACCACCGUCAAAAGGACUGCUGGAGAAGUCGCUGCCUGAAUCUGUCAAACGCCAGAUGUGUGAGCUUCUGCAUUACUUCUGCGACUGUGAACUCCGGCACCGCAUCGAAUCCAUCGUUUCCUUCUCCGACAACUUUGUUUCCAAGCUGCAGUACAACCAGAAGUUCCGCUACAACGAGCUGAUGCUGGCUCUCAACAUGUCUGCGGCCGUCACCGCCAAAAAGACCAAGGAGUUCCGGUCACCUCCGCAGGAGCAGAUCAACAUCCUGUUGAACUUCAGCGCAGGCGAGGACUGUCCCUGCCCCGAGGAGAUCCAGGAGAAACUCAACUCUUUCCACGACGAGCUACGACUGCACUGCGGAAUUCCAGUGGAGGAGUCGGAGGAAGAGCAGGACACUUCGAUAAAAGGUCGUCUCCUGGCUUUGCUCUACAAGAUCAAGGGCCCGCCUCAGAAGACGGAGGAGGAGCCCACGGAGAAGGAGCAGGCUGCCCCUACCAACCUGAAAGAGCUGAUCUCUCAAACCAUCACUAGCUGGGCUCAGGAGUCGUACAUCCAGGAUCCGGAGCUGGUCAGAGUGAUGUUCAGCCUGCUGAGGCGGCAGUAUGACGGCAUCGGCGAGCUGCUGCGGGCUAUGAAGAAAUCUUACACCAUCAGUGCUGCGUCUGUGCAGGAUGCUAUUAACCUGUUGGCCUCUCUGGGUCAAAUCAGGUCUCUGCUGGCAGUGCGUAUGGGUAAAGAGGAAGAAAAACUCAUGAUUGAUGGACUCGGCGACAUCAUGAACAAUAAAGUUUUCUACCAGCAUCCCAACUUGAUGAGGGUUCUGGGUAUGCACGAGACCGUCAUGGAGGUCAUGGUCAACGUUCUGGGAGGAGACAAGUCUCAGAAGAUUGCCUUCCCCAAGAUGGUGGCCAGCUGUUGUCGUUUCUUGUGCUAUUUCUGCCGUAUUAGCCGUCAGAACCAGAAAGCCAUGUUCGAUCACCUGAGUUACUUGCUGGAGAACAGCAGUGUUGGACUAGCCUCUGAAGCCAUGCGGGGCUCCACUCCACUGGACGUUGCAGCGUCUUCAGUCAUGGACAACAACGGUCUGGCUCUGGCUCUGGAGGAGCCAGAUCUGGAGAAGGUGGUGACGUACCUGGCAGGAUGUGGUCUCCAGAGCUGCGCCAUGCUGGUUGCUAAGGGUUACCCAGACAUCGGCUGGAACCCCAUUGAAGGAGAGCGAUACCUGUCCUUCCUGAGGUUCGUCGUCUUCUGCAAUGGUGAGAGCGUGGAGGAAAAUGCCAACGUGGUGGUGAAGCUGCUGAUCAGACGACCGGAGUGCUUUGGUCCGGCUCUGAGAGGAGAGGGAGGACAGGGUCUGCUCACCGGCAUGAAAGAGGCCAUCAAGAUUUCUGAUGAUCCAGCUUUGGACCUGCCCAAGAUCCCGACAGGAGACGCUGCUGGGUCUGGCGAGGAAGAGGAGGAAGUUAUCCACAUGGGCAACGCCAUCAUGUCCUUCUACUCGGCCCUCAUUGACCUGCUGGGACGCUGCGCACCAGAGAUGCACCUUAUCAAUGCAGGUAAAGGUGAGGCGCUGCGUAUCCGAGCCAUCCUGCGCUCUCUGGUUCCCACCUCCGACCUGGUGGGCAUCAUUAGCAUCCCCCUCAAGAUGCCAGUGAUCAACAAAGAUGGCACGGUUACGGAGCCUGACAUGUCGGCUUGUUUCUGUCCGGACCACAAGGCCCCCAUGGUGCUGUUCCUGGAAAGAGUGUACGGCAUCCAGGAUCAGAGCUUCCUGCUGCAGCUGUUGGAGGUCGGCUUCUUGCCCGACCUCCGAGCCUCAGCAUCUCUGGAUACAGAGGUGCUAAGCACCACGGAGACGGCUCUGGCUAUGAACAGGUACAUCGGCUCGGCACUGCUGCCUCUGCUGACCCGCUGUGCCGACCUCUUUGCAAACACAGAACACUACACACAUCUGGUGGACUCCACGCUGGAGACCAUCUACCGGCUGUCCAAAGCCCGCUCGCUUACCAAAGCCCAAAGGGACGCCAUCGAGGAGUGUCUGCUCACUAUCUGCAAGCAUCUGCGUCCCUCGAUGAUGCAGCAGCUGCUCAGACGACUGGUGUUCGACGUUCCCAUGCUCACAGAAUACUGCAUAAUACCUCUCAAGCUGAUGACCAACCACUACGAGCAGAACUGGAAGUACUAUUGCCUGCCAUCCGGUUUCGGGAGCUUUGGCAUUACCUCUGAGGAGGAGCUGCUUCUCACGAAGAAACUCUUCUGGGGAAUCCUUGACUCACUUUCUCAUAAGAAGUAUGAUCCUGAACUUUUCAAAAUGGCCAUGUUGUGCCUCUGUGCCAUCGCGGGAGCCCUCCCUCCAGACUUUGUGGAUACCAGUUUAGGAGCAACACUGGAGAAACAGGGAUCAGUGGAUGCACAGGGCAACUUUGAACCCAAACCCGUUAACACUGCCAACAUCUCCCUGCCUGAAAAACUUGAGUACAUUGCCAACAAGUAUGCAGAGCAUUCCCAUGACAAGUGGUCGUCAGACAAGAUGUCCGCAGGCUGGAAACAUGGAGACAACGUGGAUGAGCAGUCCAAAACGCAUCCGUUACUGAAGCCAUACAAAUCUCUGAGCGAGAAGGAAAGAGAAACGUAUCGCUGGCCUGUGAAAGAGUCUCUGAAGAGCAUGUUGGCAAUGGGCUGGAACAUGGAGAGGACCAAGGAGGGAGAGGCCCUUUUCCAACAGCGAGAGAGCGAAAAGCAACGCAAGAUGUCGGAGACUCAGAUGAAUGGCUUCAGUCCUGCUCCAGUCGACCUGCACAGCGUCACGCUGUCAAGAGAGCUACAGGGCAUGGUUGAAGUGGUAGCAGAAAACUACCACAACAUCUGGGCCAAGAAGAAAAAAUCUGAACUCCUUAGCAAAGGAGGAGGGGCCCACCCGCUGCUGGUUCCCUAUGACACCCUGACUGCUAAAGAGAAGUACAGAGACAGAGAGAAGGCCCAGGAGCUCUUCAAGUUCCUGCAGAUGAGUGGCUAUGUCAUCACCAGAGGUCUGCAGGACAUGGAGCCGGACUCGUCAUCCAUGGAAAAGCGAUUCUCCUACAAGUUCCUGAAGAGGAUGCUGCACUACAUCGACUCCGCUCAGGAGUUCAUCGCUCAUCUCGAGGCCAUGGCCACCAGCGGGAAGACGGAUAAGUCACCUCACGACCAGGAGAUCAAAUUCUUUGCCAAGGUCGUGCUGCCCCUGAUUGAUCAAACCUUUAAAAACCACUGCCUUUACUUCCUGUCCACCCCUAGCAGGAACUGGAGCAGCUGCGGCUGCGCCUCCAACAAAGAAAAGGAGAUGGUCACCAGCCUGUUCUGUAAACUGGCAGCUCUUGUCAGACACAGGAUCUCUCUCUUUGGAAGUGAUUCUGCAAUGAUGGUGAGCUGUCUGGACAUCCUCAGUCACUCGCUGGACACCAGGACAGUAAUGAAGUCUGGCGCGGAGCUGGUCAAAGCUGGUGUCCGGACGUUCUUUGAGAAUGCUGCAGAGGACCUGGAGAAGCUGGUGGAGAUGCUCAAACUGGGGAAGUUCUUGCAGUCCCGUGCGCAGAUGAAGAGCGUCAGUCAGAGCAUCACCUACGUGACUGUGGCGCUGCUUCCCAUCCUCACGGCCCUGUUUGAGCACAUCAAAACCUAUGAGUUUGGGGUGGACCUGCUUCUGAAUGAUGUGCAGCUGUCUUGCUACCGAAUCCUGAUGUGUUUCUUCACUCUGGGCACCGGGAAGAACAUGUUCGUGGAGAGGCAUCUGCCAGCCCUGGGAGAGUGUCUGGCAACCUUGGUGGGAGCCAUGCCCGUAGCGUUUCUGGAGCCUCAGCUGAACGCCUACAACCCCCUCUCUGUCUUCAACACCAAGACCCCCCGAGAAAGAGCCAUCCUGAGCAUGCCCGACACGGUGGAGGAGAUGUGUCCAGAGAUGCCUCGUCUGGACAAGCUGCUCAAAGACAUCAACGAUAUCUCAGAGUCCGGUGCUCGUUACAGCGACAUACCCCAGGUCAUUGAAGUGAUCCUUCCCAUGCUGUGCAACUAUCUGUCCUACUGGUGGGAACAGGGUGUGGAGAACUGCUCCCAAGACACUGACUGCUGCACCAUGGUGACCUCUGAUCACCUCAGCAGCAUCCUGGGAAACAUCCUAAAGAUCCUCAACAACAACCUGGGCAUUGACGACGCCCCCUGGAUGAAGAGGAUCGCAGUUUACUCUCAGCCAAUCAUUUGCAAAGCCGGAGCAGAUUUGCUGAGAAAACACUUCCUGCCCACAAUCGACAAGCUGAAGAAGAAGACGAUAAAGGUCGUAGCUGAAGAAGAGCUGCUGAAGGCUGACAGUAAAGGUGACAACCAGGAGGCAGAACUGCUCAUCCUGGAUGAGUUUGCUAUGCUGUGCAGGGACCUCUACGCGUUCUACCCCAUUCUCAUUCGUUAUGUGGACAACAACAGGUCCAGGUGGCUGAAGGAGCCGGACGCAGACUCCACGGAGCUCUUCAAGAUGGUGGCUGAGAUCUUCAUCAUGUGGUGCAAGUCGCACAACUUCAAGCGUGAGGAGCAAAACUUUGUGAUUCAGAAUGAGAUCAACAAUUUGGGCUUCCUCACUGGAGAAGGCAAGGCGAAGAUGUCCAAGGCAGGUGGGGACCAGGAGAGGAAGCACAAGCGGCGUCGUGGUGAAUUAUACUCCAUCCAGACGUCUCUGAUCGUAGCAGCCCUGAAGAAGCUGCUGCCCAUCGGUCUGAACAUGUGCACGGCGGGACACCAAGAGCUCGUCUCUUUGGCCAAGAUACGCUACAGUCUGAAAGACACAGACGACGAGGUGAAGGAGCACUUGCGUCAGAAUCUCCACCUACAAGAGAAGUCUGAUGACCCUGCAGUGCAGUGGCAGGUAAACCUGUAUAAAGACAUAGUGGUGAAAAGUGAAGACCUGACAAACCCAGAACACACGGUCCAGAGAAUCCAGAGCAUCUCUGCAGCAAUCUUCCACCUGGAGCAGGUGGAACAACCUCUGAGGAACAAGAAGUGUGUGUGGCAGAAGCUGCUGUCCAAGCAGCGAAAGCGUGCCGUAGUGGCUUGUUUCCGCAUGGCUCCAUUAUAUAAUCUACCCAGGCAUCGUGCUAUCAACCUCUUCAUCCCGGCCUAUGAGAGACUUUGGAUAGAGGCAGAGGAGUACUCCUUUGAGGAGAAGCUAGUUCAGGACCUGGCAAAAACCCCCAUGAAGAUUGUGGAUGAAGAGGAAGAGGAGGUGGCUGAGGUCAAGCCGGACCCGCUCCACCAGCUCAUCCUUCACUUCAGCCACAACGCCCUGACGGAGAGAAGUCACUUGGAAGAAGAUCCUUUGUAUAUUGCAUAUGCAGACAUGAUGGCGAAGAGCUGUGCAGAAGAUGAGGACGAGGAAGAGGAAGAAGAGGGGAAAGAAAAGACAUUUGAGGAGAAAGAGAUGGAAAAGCAGAAGAUUUUGUAUCAGCAGGCGAGGCUGCACGCUCGUGGGGCUGCUGAGAUGGUGCUGCAGAUGAUCAGCGCCAGCAAAGGUCAUCUGGGCCCCAUGGUGACCUGCACCCUCAAACUGGGAAUCUCCAUCCUGAACGGAGGCAAUGUGCAUGUUCAGCAGAAAAUGCUGGACUACUUGAAAGAGAAAAAAGAUGCAGGCUUUUUCAAGAGUCUGUCAGGACUGAUGCAGUCUUGCAGUGUCCUAGACUUGAAUGCAUUUGAGAGACAAAACAAGGCAGAAGGACUUGGCAUGGUGACAGAGGAAGGUUCAAUCCACACUCAGCGGGGCUCCAAGGUGCUGCAGAAUGAUGAGUUCACCAGAGAUCUGUUCCGGUUUUUACAACUGUUGUGUGAGGGGCACAAUGGAGACUUCCAGAACUUCCUGAGAACCCAAACUGGAAACACGACAACAGUCAACAUCAUCAUCAGCACCGUGGACUAUCUGCUCCGCCUUCAGGAAUCUAUUAGUGACUUCUACUGGUACUACUCUGGCAAAGACGUGAUUGAUGAAACUGGAAAGCGCAACUUCUCCAAAGCUUUAUCUGUCGCCAAGCAGAUAUUCAACUCACUCACUGAGUACAUUCAGGGCCCGUGCAUCGGCAACCAGCAGAGUCUGGCUCACAGCAGACUGUGGGAUGCAGUUGUGGGCUUCCUGCAUGUGUUUGCAAACAUGCAGAUGAAGCUGUCGCAGGACGCCAGUCAGAUUGAGCUGUUGAAGGAGCUGAUGGACCUGCAGAAGGACAUGGUUGUCAUGUUGCUGUCUCUCCUCGAGGGUAACGUGGUGAACGGAACCAUCGGCAAGCAGAUGGUCGACACGCUGGUGGAGUCUUCCAGCAACGUGGAGAUGAUCCUCAAAUUCUUCGACAUGUUCCUCAAGCUGAAGGAUCUCACAACCUCGGACAACUUCAGGGAGUACGACCCCGAGUGCAAGGGCGUCAUAUCCAAAAAGGACUUCCAGAAGUCGAUGGAGAGCCAGAAGCAGUACAGCCAGUCGGAGAUUGAGUUCCUGCUCUCGUGCGUGGAGGCCGACGAGAACGACAUGUUCAAUUACAAGGAGUUUGUGGAGCGAUUCCACGAGCCAGCCAAAGAUAUCGGCUUCAACAUGGCGGUGCUGCUGACCAACCUGGCCGAGCACAUGCCGCACGACUGCCGCCUCGGCACCUUCUUGGCCGUGGCGGAGAGUCUGCUCGGGUACUUUGAGCCCUACCUGGGUCGUAUCGAGAUCAUGGGCAGCGCCAAGCGGAUCGAGAGGGUUUACUUUGAGAUCAGCGAGUCGAGCCGCGAGCAGUGGGAAAAGCCACAAGUCAAGGAGUCCAAGCGGCAGUUCAUCUUCGACGUGGUGAACGAGGGAGGGGAGAGCGAGAAGAUGGAGAUGUUUGUGAAUUUCUGCGAGGACACCAUCUUUGAGAUGCAGCUGGCCUCGCAGAUAUCUGAGCCCGACGUGGUUGAGCAGCCUGAGGACGAGGAGGAGGAAGAGCACAGCAUCCUGGACGAGCUGGCUGCGGAGGAAGAAGCCGCCCUGGAGUCGGCCUCCGCUUUCACCACAGCGUGUCGCUCAGUCAAGAAGAAUCUCUCAGACGUCCGGCACUUUUUCACUUUUAAAAGCAUACGCAAGCAGUUCAAGAAAGUCAAGAAGCUGAGCAUCAGGGAGAUCAUCACGGGCUUCUUCUCCUUCUUCUGGAUGCUGUUCACCGGCUUCUUUAAGGGAAUCUACGGCCUCAUCUUUGGUUUCUUCCACAUCAUCUGGUCCUCCAUGUUCGGCGGAGGACUAGUUGAAGGAGCCAAGAACAUCAAGGUGACGGACAUUCUCGGAAACAUGCCCGACCCCACUCAGUUCGGCAUCCACGGAGACGCGGUGGAAGGAGACAAAGUGGAGACUGUGGAGUCAUCGGGAAGCAUAGACGUCGCCAUGGCACCAGCAGGAGACAUCGGAGAGGUGGACGCAAUGUUAGAUAUGCUGACUGGGCCUAAAAAGGAAGGAGGAAAGCACGUGGAGCUGGGUCUGGGUGAUGUUUCUGAGCACUCUGCCUCCUCCUCCUCCUCUGUCAACAAGAAAGUUUCUAGUCUUGCUGAUACGCUUGAGAGUCAACCAGAAAAGGCUGACACGGAGAAAAAGGAGAAGGAGGAUAAACCAAAGGAGGAGGAGGCAGCCAAGGAGCCGGUGCCCGAGGAGAAACCCAAGCCCAGAUCCAGUCAGCCCAAAGAUGAGUCUCCUGCCUUCAUGUCGAUCAUCUUUGCUGUUCUGGAUGUCUACCUGAACAAAAUUCUGAACUACCUGGCUCGUAACUUCUACAACCUCCGCUUUCUGGCUCUGUUCGAGUGCUUCGCCAUCAACUUCAUCCUGCUUUUCUACAAGGUAACUGGUGAGAAUGAUGACGAGAUUCCCGAAGAGCACCGCUGGGGCGGUGACGACGACGUGGACACGUUCUUCGACAUGGACGAGUUUGUGCUCCAGGAGAGCUCUGGCUACAUGCUGCCAACGCUGCGCUUCCUGGCCAUCUUCCACACCGUCAUCUCGCUGCUGUGUCUGGUCGGCUACUACUGCCUGAAGGUUCCUCUGGUGGUCUUCAAGAGGGAGAAGGAGAUCGCCAGGGAGCUGGAGUUUGACGGUCUGUACAUCACCGAGCAGCCGUCCGACGACGACAUCAAAGGCCAGUGGGACCGUCUGGUCAUCAACACGCCGUCUUUCCCGAGCAAUUACUGGGACAAGUUCAUCAAGCGCAAGGUGAUCAACAAAUACGGGGACAUGUACGGCGCCGAGCGCAUCGCUGAGCUGCUGGGCCUGGACAAGAACGCCCUGGACUUCGACCCCACAGUGGAGACCGUGGAGAACGAAGCUUCGCUGGUCUCCUGGUUUAGCUCCAUCGAUACAAAGUACCACAUCUGGAAACUGGGUGUGGUUUUGACUGACAAUUACUUCCUGUAUCUGAUCUGGUACACCACCAUGUCCAUCUUUGGACACUUCAACAACUUCUUCUUUGCUGCUCAUCUUCUGGACAUCGCCAUGGGCUUCAAGACCCUCCGUACCAUCUUGUCCUCCGUCACCCACAACGGCAAGCAGCUGGUGCUGACGGUCGGCCUGCUGGCCGUGGUCGUCUACCUCUACACGGUGGUGGCCUUCAACUUCUUCAGGAAGUUCUACAACAAGAGUGAAGAUGAAGACGAGCCGGACAUGAAGUGUGAUGACAUGAUGACGUGUUACAUGUUCCACAUGUACGUGGGCGUGAGGGCUGGAGGAGGGAUUGGAGACGAGCUGGAGGACCCGGCCGGAGACCCCUAUGAACUCUACCGCAUCCUGUUUGACAUCACCUUCUUCUUCUUCGUCAUCGUCAUCCUGCUGGCCAUCAUUCAGGGUCUGAUCAUCGAUGCCUUCGGUGAGCUGAGAGACCAGCAGGAGCAGGUGAAGUCAGACAUGGAGACAAAAUGCUUCAUCUGUGGCAUUGGGAACGACUACUUUGACCGGACGCCUCACGGGUUUGAAACCCACACCUUACAAGAGCACAACCUCGCCAACUACCUGUUCUUCCUGAUGUACCUGAUUAACAAGGAUGAGACUGAACACACGGGUCAGGAGUCAUUCGUGUGGAAGCUGUACCAGGAGAGAUGCUGGGACUUCUUCCCUACUGGAGACUGUUUCCGUAAGCAGUACGAGGACCAGCUGGGUUAGCGGGGAACCCCCCCCCACCCGGACCCUUCACUGCUUUCCUCCAUCUGACUAAACCCUGAUGAUUGUGACACCAUGACCUCCAACUGAAGAGCAGACGCUCUGCUCGCUCACCCAACUCCUCUCCGUCGCCACCACGCCUCCUUCGGUUCUCAAUUGCCUUCUCACUUGCUUCCCCCCCGACCAGGUGUGUGUAGAGACAUCGGAGACGUGUGGAGGGUGACGGCGUGACAAGCCAAUGUCUGUUUAUGCACAAUUUCUAGAUUAACGCCAGGAAGUUCGUGUCACUCACUACCAACCGAACUGAUCCGAUCUGCCUUUCAGAGCUGGUUCUGAUCUCUGUGACGAAGCGAACAGAGGUCUUUUAGGACCAGAGACGACUCACUUUAGAUGUUUAUAAAGUGCCAAUGUGCCUUUUGAGAAACUAUGCAAAUAAAGAAUCUCAUUUUUGUCCCUCCUGACACAAACGCCGCUGUGGUUCUGCGCUAGUUACGAGCAGAUUUACAUCAAGCUAGUUUUUGUGGCUUUUAAGUAAUAAAAUGAGUUGAAUUUGUUGUAUAAAAUCUAGAUGAUUCUUGUGUAAAUGUUGCUUAGUUUGGUGUCCCGUCCAGCUGCACUUCUCUCCACAGAAGAAUCCCACGACACAGAAGACGAUGACAAACUUGGAUUUAUUGACAGAAUGGUUCUCUGCUACAGUUUGUACGUAUGUAGUAGCUUUGAUAAACCGCAUUUAUUUUGAUGAGGAGGAAAUGAAUAAAGUAAUUGACGCAUCAAACCGA